AGCCUCGGAGGGUGAGCGUCAUGGCGGCUUCUUGCCCUCUCCCGGUGACCCCGGACCUGCCCACGCUGCGUGCCAAGUUGCAGGGACUGCUGCAGUUCCUGAGGGAUGCCCUGUCCAUUUCCAAUGCACAUACCGUGGAUUUCUACACAGAAUCCGUGUGGGAGGAGCUGGUCGACUUGCCACCGGCGACAGUGCUGGCUGCACUGAGGAAGUCAGCAUCGGAGACGGAGGCCCUGCCCUCAGAGACGCGCCCCCUAGUGGAAGCAGAGUGGGAAGCAGGUAUGACUGAUUUUCCCAAAAUAUUUUGUGAAACUUCUCAGAAGUUGGUGAGUGUGGAAGCGUUUGCUCUGGCUGCGAAAUACUAUUCUGUACAAAAGUUGGGAAUAUGUACUCCUUUUGAACAGUUGCUUGUAGCCCUUCGAGGAAAUCAAAACCAGAGAAUUGGUGAAAAUCAGAAGGCAGUUGAGUUUAUGAAUAUGAAGAAAUCUCAUGAAGUUCAGGCAAUGUCAGAGCUGAUCAGCAGUAUUGCUGACUACUAUGGAAUAAAGCAGGUGAUUGACUUGGGUUCCGGUAAAGGCUACCUAAGCUCUUUUUUGUCCUUGAAGUAUGGCUUAAAAGUUUAUGGAAUUGAUUCCUCAAAUACCAAUACUCAUGGAGCUGAGGAGAGAAACAGAAAAUUGAAGAAACAUUGGAAACUCUGUCAUGCUCAGUCAAGAUUAGAUGUCAAUGGACUAGCAUUAAAAAUGGCAAAAGAAAGGAAAGUGCAAAAUAAAGUUAAAAAUAAAGCUGAUAUUGAGGAAGUGUUUAACAACAGCCCUACAAAUCAAGAAAAGAUGCCUACCUCAGCUAUUUUGCCUGAUUUUUCUGGCUCUGUAAUUUCUAAUAUCGGAAACCAAAUGGAAACCCUUCAUUCUCAGCCACAUCAAGAAGAAAAUUUGUGUUUUGAAAAUUCCUUUUCUCUUAUAAACCUCUUGCCUAUUAAUGCCGUAGAGCCUGCUUCUUCACAGCAAAUACCCAACAGAGAAACAUCUGAAGCCAAUAAAGAGAGAAGAAAAAUGACAUGGAAGUCAAGUGAAUCAAAUAUAUAUUCACCUUUAACCUCUUUUAUCACUGCUGAUUCAGAACUCCAUGACAUUAUUAAAGAUUUGGAGGAUUGUUUGAUGGUGGGUCUCCACACUUGUGGUGAUCUGGCUCCAAAUACUUUGCGAAUAUUUACCUCCAACUCUGAAAUCAAGGGAGUUUGCAGUGUGGGUUGUUGCUACCACCUCUUAUCUGAAGAAUUUGAAAACCAGCAUAAAGAACGUACUCAGGAAAAGUGGGGAUUUCCAAUGUGCCACUAUUUAAAGGAAGAGAGAUGGUGCUGUGGUCGUAAUGCCAGAAUGUCAGCAUGUUUGGCAUUGGAGCGGGUUGCAGCUGGCCAAGGGCUGCCUACUGAAUCACUCUUCUAUCGUGCUGUUCUUCAGGAUAUUAUUAAAGAUUGUUAUGGCAUCACCAAAUGUGAUCGGCAUGUUGGUAAAAUUUAUUCCAAAUGUUCUUCUUUUCUGGAUUAUGUCAGACGGUCUCUAAAGAAGCUUGGAUUAGAUGAGUCCAAGAAUACACUCAAAAGCAACAAACAGAAUGAGAAAGAGAAACAAAACUCUCUUUGACAAUAUCAGAAGGAAUUUGAAAUCUUAAACUAUGUAUAUUACAAAGUAUAAUGAAGGUAAAAGAGGGAUGCAGAAAGAUGCCAAGAGGAAAUACCCAUGGUUACAGAUCUCAGACAAAAUCAACAGAACAUAGUUCUCUAAAGUGUCAUAUCCUGAGGAACAAAAUCAACAAUCUCUAGUUUGAAACAAAUACAACUGGUGACCAGCAUGGUGCUUCCCAAUUUGGCACAACAGAAAAAAAGAAAAUGGAGCACCCAAGAAAUCAUAUUGAAGAAAUACGUUUUCAGGGAGCAAGACAGGAAAGAUUAUGAGUUCUGAGUUAUCUUACAACUGCCGAUCUUCAGAUGGUAAAGGAGAGAACUAAAGGCUGUAAUUCAACACACGCAAUUUUGUGAGUUGAGAGUUUCUGCUGCCUUGAAGUUCAGGCCUGGAUUUAGUCCAAUAUAUUCUUCUACAAAAGUUUGCUCCAGCAGGGACUCAUUUGAUUCAAAAAAUGGCAAACUUUUCAAAAGGAUGGGGAGUGUGUAAUCUGCAUGGGUUCUGUACAAAGUGGGAGAAUUUUUCUGGAAGGCUUCACAAGAAAUUGAAUGAGACAGAGCCUUACUUUCCACUACCCUUUAUAGUGUUUUAAAUUCAGAAGAAAUUUAGAGCUAUAGUGAAAAAAAAAGUAGACUUCGAAAAAAUAAUAAAUUUAUUUAAACAUUUGCAGAUAAAUCUGAGUACAAGUCUUUUCAGAUUUUUACUCAUUUUAUCCAGCCUUUCAUUUGUUCUGACCACAUUUAAUUGACAGCAAUUUCUUUUGGCGACUCUACUUUAUCAGGCCUUUCUGUCUAGGGGAGGGCUGCUUUUUAUAGAAUCCAUUUUUCCUGUUGCUUUCAUAUUUCAUUUGUUAUGUAAUACUUAUUUAUAUGAUAGGUUGAGUAUUCCUUAUCUGAAAUGCUUGGGACAGAAGUGUUUCAGAUUUCAGAUUUUUUUUGAAAUAUUUACCUUAUAUACUUACCAUUUGAGCAUCCCUAAUCUGAAAAAUCCAAAAUCUGAAAUGCUCCAAUGAGCAUUUCCUUUGAAUGUCAUGUUGGCACUCAAAAAGUUUCAGAUUUUGGAGCAUUUCAGAUUUUGGAUUAGGGAUACUCAACCUGUAUAUUAUGACAAUAAUGUAACUGGCAUAGCAAGUUUAGAAAUAAAUACAAUUGACUCAGUAACAAAGCUCAUCUAGCAGGAGCAAAAGCACAAUUGAACUAGAGAGUGGCCUGCUAAAUACAAGAGUUCAACAUACUAUAGGUAUUUGUUUUAGAAAAAAAAGAAAAAGAAAUAAAAGUAAUUCUCUCUGAUGGAUUUGUGAAGUGCAUGUUAGAAGAAAGUACCUUAAGUAUGAACAUAUGCCAUUGUGUUCCGCUUGCCUUUGAAUUUUGCUCAAAGAUGUCUUGUUUUAGAUACAGUGUUGUAAAGUUUAAUUUUAGUCAAAAAAUGUUUGAGCUCCUUCUGUGUGCCCAAAGCAUAAUAACAAAUGAAAGUAAAUAUUUCCUUAUUAGUUGUUGAAAUUAAACAAUAUUAAUGGGAUGUUACUGGUGGUUUUAUUUAUGAUGUGCUGCAUAACCUAUAUCAGUGUAAAAAUUUUAAGUAAUUUAGAGUUAUCUUGACUUGCUUCAUGAAUAUCCUUAGAGCGAGUUCUUCAGACACCUAAGGUUGUAUUAAAUUGAUGUCAUGUUUAUUUUAUUUUAGGAUAUGUUUGACAAGGAAAAAUAUUUUUAAACUAUUGUUAAAUUUAUUGUUGUUUUUUAUC